CAAGCAGAUCAUCACCCAUUUACAAUAAUGAAGUCAGCAGCUCUCCUCGCUCUUCUGGCCAUCCUCCUCUUUGGAGACGUGAGAGGGCAACUUUCUCUGGGAAGAUGCAAGUGCCAGGAUGCAGGGGUCAGAGCCGUCCGCCCAAACCGCAUUGAGAGGCUAGAGGUGUUACCUCCUUCCCCUUCAUGCCCCAAUCUGGAAAUCAUUGUCACUCUCAAGGAUAAUGGAGGACAAAAGUGUCUGAAUCCAAACAGCUCUUUUUCCAAGAAUUACGUCAAGAGAGCCAUCAAAAAGAGGAGUGCAGAGAUCCGUGCCUGAGAUGGUGGACUCCACUAUCCUGAGUCAGGACCUCACCAGACUACCAGCUCUAUAAUGCAGUAUGACCUGCAAAAGGCAGCUAUUAAAUCAGUUUCAGAGUGCUUCAGAACAAGACAAGACAAGAUGUAGCAUGUUGCUAACAUUAGAUAAACGACAACAUUUAGCAUAUUAUUUUAUUCACGUAUUUAAAUUAAUGUUAUUUGUCAAAUCUAUGUUGUUAAUUCUAUGUUGUUAAUUUCACUAGAGUUGUUCAUAUAAAUA